UGUAAUCUUUUUAAUUAAAGCUUUGUUAAUUAGUGUGUGAGAUCGAAGUGAAAUCAACAAUGGCAGGUCUUACUGGUAAGGUGGAGAAGGAAGUUGAAAUCCAUGCUCCUGCUGAGAAGUUCUACAAGCUCUGGAAAUCUGAAUGCUUUCAUCUCCCCACGGCCUCCCCUUCCAACAUUCAAGGUGUUGAGGUCCAUGAAGGUGACUGGGAGAGUGCCGGCUCCAUCAAAAUAUGGAAGUAUACCGUCGAAGGGAGAGCCGAGACUUUCAAGGAGAAAAUUGAAGCAGAUGAUGAGCAUAUGACAGUAACUCUCCACGGCAUUGAGGGAGAUAUCUUCAAGAACUUCAAGUUCUGGAAACCCGUCUUUAAAGUUGCACCAAAACAGCAAGGCAGUGGCAGCGUUGCGACGGUGAGCAUCGAAUACGAGAAGCGAAACAAGGACGUUCCUGAUCCAGUAGCCUAUGUCGAUUUCAUGGCGAGCAUGACCAGAGACGUUGCCUCUCAUAUUAUGAAGGCAUAAAAUCAAGGGCCAGCAAGCUCUGUUCAAUCUCUCUAGCUUACUAUACAAUAAUAAGCUGGAGAAUUUGAGUGGGUUUAAUUCUAUGUGUGGUGUGUGUUGUGAUGUGGGAUGUGUUGUGUGAGAUAAAUGGUAAUAAAUAUGAAUAAAACUACCAGCUCCUUAUGUGGUAGCUGUUUCCUUUCUUCUUAA